UUCUUUUGACUGUUUCCUGCUAGAGUCGACCCUCAAGUUCUGAUCUUCGGAGGAGCAGCAGAAGAACAAUAGAGAUGGAGAUUCUGCAACCGAAGCAAGGAUUACUAAUUCUUUCAGCAUUCCUUUUCGUCUUCAAUCUCUCUAUAUGGACGAUCCACGCGCAGGGCUCUAUUCCCGCCAGGUUUGAUGGGUUCGUGUACGAGAACAAUCUACCUGAUCAUGCAGAUACGAUAUUGAUCGAAGCAUUCUUCGACCCGGUCUGCCCGGAUAGCAAGGACGCUUGGCCUGAUCUGAAACGGGUUGUCGAGUACUACGGCCCUCAACUUUCACUUAUCGUUCAUCCCUUCGCGUUACCUUAUCAUGAUAAUGCUUUUCUUCUUAGCCGUGCUCUGCACAUUGUGAAUAAGCUGAAUGCCUCUGCCACAUAUCCCUUGUUGGAGCUGUUCUUCAAGCAUCAGACGAAGUUUUACAAUCGACAUACCUACAAAAUGUGUAGACCUUCUGUUGUGGAUUAUAUUGUGACGUUUGUAACUAGAAUAGUUGGGGAUGACUCAUUAUCUGCAGUUGAAUCUGGCUUCAGUGACAGGAGUACUGAUCUUGCAACUGGGAUUUCCUUCAAGUAUGGAUGUUCAAGAGGGGUGAUGGGUACACCUUAUUUCUUUGUGAAUGGAUUUCCACUGCCCAAUGCUGGCUCAGCUUUGGACUAUAACGGGUGGAGAAGCAUCAUCGAUCCCCUGAUCAAUGUGAAGGGCCAGUCUGGGGAUGAAACUCCACAUUUCUUCUUAUGAAAGAUGAGGCCUUAAGCAUGUGAGGAAUCUCCUCUUCUUGAUUGGAUGUUGUAUCUGUUACAGUACCGGGAACAUGCUUUACAUUUUAAUCCACUUGGAAAUUUGAGUGCGAAGCAAGUUUGGAUUGAU